AUAAAUUUUCUCUCAUACUGAUAUGUGGUAGCUCCCACUAUCGCGAACUUCGCAACGUUUCAUUUUAUUUUUUCUCUGCUUUUUUGCUCUCUGGACUCACUCUAAACUCCACAGUGCUCCAUUUUCUCUCUUCUCCAUUCUCUACAAGAGGCUUCGAAUCUGUGCGGGUUUGACAUGGAGGCGAACAACAAAACGAAGGACGAUGGCUCUGUAGAGUCACCGACUUCGGUGCUUGAAGACGAGGAUAUGUGCAAGGCGGAAUUGGAAGUUAAGUCAGAGGAAGAAAUACUUGCAGAUGCAAAAAAUGGAGAUACCUCUUUGCUAUCAAGAAACAUGGCUGAGGAAGAAGAGAAGCUGCUCGAAGCUCGGAUCAGGGAAGAACAAGGAAAGGAGCCAGAGGAGGCACCCCACUUGAAUGAUACCCAGUUUACCAAAUUGGACGAGCUUCUAACACAAACUCAGAUGUACUCUGAGUUUUUGCUGGAAAAAAUGGAUGAUAUAACAGUUAAUGGAGUGGAGCGAGAAAGUGAAACUGUUGAAAAGAAGACAGGUCGUGGUCGUGGAUCAAAAAGAAAAGCUUCUACAUACAAUACUAGGAAGGCCAAGAGGGCAGUUGAAGUCAUGCUUACAAGAUCUGAAGAAGCCAAGAAACCUGAAGAUGUGAACCUGACUGAGGAAGAAAGAAUUGAGAAAGAACAGAAAGAACUUGUACCUUUGUUAACUGGAGGAAAACUGAAGUCCUAUCAACUUAAGGGUGUAAAGUGGUUGAUAUCAUUAUGGCAAAAUGGGCUGAAUGGGAUCCUUGCAGAUCAAAUGGGGCUUGGGAAAACAAUUCAAACCAUUGGCUUUCUUGCGCAUUUAAAAGGAAAUGGACUGGAUGGGCCUUAUUUAGUAGUUGCUCCUCUUUCUACUCUCUCAAAUUGGGUAAAUGAGAUUUCGAGGUUUACACCCUCAAUGAAUGCUAUCAUUUACCAUGGUGACAAGAAACAAAGAGAGGAGUUACGAAGGAAGCACAUGCCUAGAACAAUUGGCCCCAAAUUUCCUAUAAUUGUAACUUCUUAUGAGGUGGCCUUAACCGAUUCAAAAAAGUAUUUGAGGCAUUAUAGUUGGAAAUAUCUUGUGAUUGAUGAGGGACACAGGUUGAAAAACUCAAAAUGCCUAUUGCUGAAGCAAUUGAAAUACUUACCGGUAGAAAAUAAGCUUCUGUUGACUGGGACACCCCUGCAGAAUAAUUUGGCAGAGCUUUGGUCUUUGUUAAACUUCAUUUUGCCUGAUAUUUUCUCAUCUCAUGAAGAAUUUGAGUCUUGGUUUGAUCUGUCAGGAAAGUGCAACAGUGAAGCAAUGAAGGAAGAAAUGGAAGAGAAGAGAAGGACUCAAGUGAUAGCAAAACUCCAUGCUAUAUUGCGUCCAUUUCUUCUAAGAAGAAUGAAGACUGACGUUGAGCAGAUGCUGCCUCGAAAGAAAGAGAUCAUACUGUAUGCUACAAUGACUGACCAUCAGAGGAAUUUCCAGGAUCACUUAGUUAACAAGACCUUGGAAGACUAUUUGAUUGAGAAUGCAAGCGCUGGUUGUCGUGGUAUGAAAGGAAAGCUUAAUAAUCUGAUGAUCCAACUUCGGAAGAACUGCAACCAUCCUGACCUCUUGGAGUCUGCCUUUGAUGGCUCAUAUUUUUAUCCGCCUGUUGAAAAGAUAGUUGAACAGUGUGGUAAAUUUCGUUUACUGGACCGGCUGUUGGAACGGUUGCUUGCUCGUAAACAUAAAGUUUUGAUCUUUUCCCAGUGGACCAAAGUUUUGGAUAUCAUGCAUUACUACUUUGUUGAAAAAGGACUCGAAGUUUGUCGAAUUGAUGGCAGUGUGAAGCUUGACGAGAGGAGAAGACAGAUCCAGGAGUUCAAUGAUGAGAACAGCAAUUACAGAAUAUUUAUUUUAAGCACCAGGGCUGGUGGACUGGGUAUCAACCUCACCGCAGCCGAUACCUGUAUACUCUAUGACAGUGAUUGGAACCCUCAAAUGGAUUUGCAGGCCAUGGAUAGAUGCCAUAGGAUUGGUCAAACCAAGCCUGUUCAUGUUUACAGGCUUUCAACCGCCCAAUCUGUAGAGGGUCGCAUGUUGAAUAGAGCUUUUAGCAAGUUGAAGCUUGAGCAUGUGGUCAUCGGGAAAGGGCAGUUUCACCAAGAAAGAAACAAGCCUAACGGCACAGAUAUCAUGGAGGAGGAUGAUCUUCUGGCACUUCUCCGAGAGGAAGAAACAGCUGAAGAUAAGAUGAUACAAACAGAUAUUAGUGAUGAAGAUUUGGAAAGGGUCAUGGAUAGAAGUGAUCUGGUUGUAGGUGCGUCGAAUGUUGAUGAAGAAUCCAAUGGUGCUAUUGCUUCAAUUCCCCUCAAAGGCCCUGGUUGGGAGGUGGUGAUACCAACUGCAACUGGAGGCAUGCUCUCUACUCUUAACAGCUAAGUACUUGUCUUGUCGGCAUGGAACUCGGACGAUUUGGGGCUGAAUUAUCUGUGAUUUUUGUGUUCGGGAUUUUUGGCAUCUUUGUAAGGGCUUGAACUGGUAGGAGCAGAAAAACGCUAUGGAAGGGCUCUUCCUUUUGUAAAUGUUUGCGAGAGCCAUUUUGUAUUUACUGUUAACUUGAUAUGCGGAGAAUGUUCCAUGCCCAAGACAUAGGUAUAAGAUGAAAUUUAAAUGUGAUGAAUGCAGACAUUGCGUAAUUAAGUCAA